AUGAAAGCCUUCCUCCUCACCAUUGCUGCAGUGCAGAUUCUCUACUGCUCAGGAAUACCGAGCCCAAAGGACGCUCUGAGAGCAUCAGUCAUAAAACUGAACCAAAUCACCAAGACCAGCAAUCUGUAUGGGGUAAACAGGAGAAGAGUGAAGGAAAUUCAUCAGUCAGGAAAACUGUCAUACAAUGUGGAUUUAACAUUCUCUGUGAAAGAAACUGUCUGCCCCAAGAAUUUUGUACUGGAAUUUAACGAUCCUAGUUGCCACUUUCAUCCCAAAAAGACUGCGGAGAAAGGUUUGUGUAAAAGCCAUGUUGAAUAUUUUGCCGAUGAGGUUGUUGACAUUGAUGUACAGUGUCGAGGGCUGAAGACAGUGGACAGCAACAGUGAUUCAUCAGAAUUGAAUGAAAACAGCAUUGAGUUGAAAAGCAAUUCAACAGAAUCAUUGGAGAAGUCUCCCAAUGUGCAAAACAAAUCAAAAGAAACAUUCCUUGAUGUGUCUUUGCAUGUGAGUAUCAUCUAG